UGCAAAUUCUCCCAUGUUCUUCCCAGUAACAAUGUGCUCAUCAUUCUCCUCCCACUCAACAAUACAUAAAAAACACACAAUGCAUCAGUCUGGAUGGGUGUUUCCUUUCUUGAUUUUUUUUAAUGUAGCAAAAUCAUUAAGGUGUCAUUUGAUACAAACAGCUCAACACAAACUGUAGCAUAAUGUUUUUGGUAAACAUGAUCAGGGAGCUGGGAAAAUGCACUGCCAGCAGCAGUCAAUGGUGCACAGCAAAGCUGCAUCCACGUUCUACAUGCUGAUCCCAGACAGGCAGCAGCAGCAGCCAUCAUAUUUGUAUAUGUGUAAAUACACGGCACGGCUUGCAAGCUGAGAUGGCCGAGAUGCCUGGGAGUUGACUUCCUCAGAAGCUGCAGCAGGUAUGCAAGAAGCUGUCUGACUUGCCCCCCAUUCACAUAACAGUGGGACUGCUUCAGCUGCUGUUGCUGGGAGAGUCUGUGCUGCUGCGACAGGGGAGGACGAAGCGAGCAGCUCAAGGAGCCUCACGGCGCAUGCUCCGUCCGAGCCACUGACUAUAUUCUCAGGCAAGAUACCCCUGGAAAAAAAAAUCAGCAUUUUAUAGAAAGAAGAAGCUUCACUGGAAAAAUACUCUUGUCAGGAUAUUAAAGCACCAACAGAUCUCUACACAACAUGACACAACAGAAGGUGGAAAGAGCAGAAUGUGUGCCUAGAAACCGGCUUGGUUGUCUUUGUGGAUUACAUUUUUUGUAAAAUGUAUGGAUCUAUCUUGUACUUGCCCCUGUAUAUAGACCAUGAGACUUGACUGAAGCAAUAUCUACAUCAUCCAUCUAUGGCGAACGAUAGCCAUGCAUCUGACAACAUUCUGCAAAAUGUAUCUCCUUUAACAGCAUUUUUAAAACUGACUUCAUUGGGCUUUAUUAUAGGAGUCAGUGUGGUGGGUAACCUUCUUAUCUCCAUUUUGCUAGUCAAAGAUAAGACCUUGCACAGAGCUCCUUACUACUUCCUUUUGGAUCUUUGCUGCUCAGAUAUUCUCAGAUCUGCUAUUUGUUUUCCAUUUGUAUUCACCUCAGUGAAGAAUGGUUCCUCUUGGACUUAUGGAGCUCUUACUUGCAAAGUGAUUGCAUUUCUUGGGGUUUUGUCUUGCUUUCAUACAGCAUUCAUGCUCUUCUGUAUAAGCGUCACAAGAUACUUAGCUAUAGCGCACCAUCGGUUUUAUACAAAAAGGUUGACCUUCUGGACUUGCCUGGCAGUCAUUUGUAUGGUGUGGACCUUAUCUGUAGCUAUGGCUUUUCCACCAGUUCUAGAUGUUGGCACCUACUCUUUUAUCAGGGAGGAAGACCAAUGCACGUUUCAACAUCGCUCCUUCAGGGCUAACGAUUCUUUGGGAUUUAUGUUACUUCUUGCCCUCAUUCUUCUAGCCACACAGCUUGUCUACCUCAAGCUGAUAUUUUUUGUUCAUGAUCGAAGGAAAAUGAAGCCAGUCCAGUUUGUAGCAGCAGUGAGCCAGAACUGGACUUUCCAUGGUCCUGGAGCCAGUGGGCAAGCAGCGGCCAACUGGCUAGCUGGGUUUGGAAGAGGCCCCACACCGCCCACCUUACUGGGAAUAAGGCAAAAUACAAACACCACAGGCAGGAGAAGGCUCUUGGUUUUAGAUGAGUUCAAAAUGGAAAAAAGAAUCAGUAGAAUGUUCUACAUUAUGACAUUCCUUUUCCUGACCUUGUGGGGCCCCUAUUUGGUAGCUUGUUACUGGAGAGUUUUUGCAAGAGGUCCUGUGGUACCAGGAGGAUUUCUAACAGCAGCUGUCUGGAUGAGUUUUGCCCAAGCUGGAAUCAAUCCUUUUGUCUGCAUUUUCUCAAACAGGGAGCUGAGGCGCUGUUUCAGCACAACCCUUCUUUACUGCAGAAAAUCCAGGUUACCAAGGGAACCUUACUGUGUUAUAUGAGGGAGCAUCUGCAAAAUCUUUAGCCUUGUGAAACAGUACCCUUCUCUGCUAAGCAAUUGUGGCCUGUAGCCAUGUCUUGAGAAGUAGACCAAGAAUGGAAUGUUAGCAGCAUUGUGCACACUUCGCAAAAGAGCACCUGUAAUCCUAUUUUAUCCAAGUGUUCCUGCUGGCCACCAGGGAAGGUUUGUAAUUGGAAAUGAAGGACUAAACCACAGACAUGAUUUUGUUUCUGUGGUUGUAAGUUAGAUCUUGCAAAUGGCAGGUGCUUAGAACCACUGCUGAAUGCUGUGUAUAUCACCAUAUAAAAAAAAAAAAAAACAAGAACACCCAGAAAGGUUAGAAUUGGACAUCUUAAUAAAUUGAAUUGAGGUAAAUGUGUUAAUAAACAUGCUUUUAAGAGUUUGAAGACUCUGAAUAUUUAAUACCGUUUGGGGGUUUCUUUUGCAAAGAUUGACAAAUGGGAAAUUAAAAUACUGUAACUGAUAAAGGAUGUGCCAUGCAUUACUGGAUUAUCUUACUAAGAGGUUGUUUUACCUUGUAAGUAAUUCUUGGGGAGCAUUCCAAAGCAGUAUUUUUUGUUAACAUUAUAUUCUACUUUUUCAAGUAUUCUUUCUAUAAAAUAUAAAGAUUUUCUUUAACAGUAACACUCACAAUUAAAUGCAAUUUGUGAAUUUGUCUUUUUAUUUUUUUUUUUUUAGACGUGGCAGAUAUUAAUUUCCACUUUAUUUAAGAGAAACCCUAGAUAUCAAUUUGUUUUGGCAACGUAAUAUCCAAUUUGCAGUAUUAAAGGAUUUACCUAUGGAACGCUCGUAAUAAUACAGAAUAAAUACAUGUUGCCUUAAUGGGUUAUCUAGUAUCUUCCAUUUUAUUCCAGACAAUUUAAUCAAAAACUUGUAGCCAGUCAAUUGGGAGUGCGUGGAAGAACGGUUCUAUCCUUUCUUUCCUUUUGCACAUUGCCUGAGUGAGAACCACUAACCAGACAUUUUGCCUAUUCUGGUUCAUUCUACGAAACAAGGGCAGUUGAAUAUGUUUAUAUUUGAAGUCAACUGUCAUGGGAAGACCAGAGCCUUGGUAUUAUAUUUUGCACAAAUUGUGAAGCAUUUAUUCUACUGAAGGCACAGUCCUGUUUAUACUUUCUGCACAUUUUGGUGUAUUGGUUGUUUGAAUUAUUUAUUUUCUUUUUUUUUUUCUUCUUGUAAAAAAAACAUAUAAUUUUUAGUAUUUUAGAAUAACAUUAGUCUGUGAGUCUUUCUUUCAUUCUUUAAGAUACAGAUGUGUGUGAAAUUUAAAUAUAAAGUUGCAUUUGCCAAAAUUUUUCUUGUGUAGCCUGUUAAUUUUUCCUGGAAUAAAAUUUUACAUUUUUCCAGUUAU